AUGUCCGGCGCACGGAGACCUCAGUUCAACCAAGAGUCCCUCACGGACAACACGCCUCUGCCAGACCACAUCCCAAAAGUGGAAGAAAUUGGUGCCACCUCGGCACCUUUGAUGAGCGCUUCAUAUUUCAUUGGAGACCGAUGCAGAGCGUUCAAUGACGAUUACAUGAAGUGCAAGGCCGAGGCCGGCGGUCGAGGAGAACUGGAUUGUCUGAGGGAAGGCCGCAAAGUCACCCGUUGUGCUGCGAGCGUAAUAAAAGACAUCAACACGCACUGCAUGCAGCAGUUUAAGGCACACUGGGAGUGCCUAGAGCAGAACAACCAGCAGCUAUGGUACUGCCGAAAGAAUGAAAACCAACUUAAUAGCUGUGUCUUUGAAAAGCUUGGCCUGAAGAAAACCAUCCCUGAUACCCCUGCCGGUCAAGUCCCCGUCCACCUUCGCAAGAAACAGAUAUACGCAAACUACCAAGGCGAACAAUACUAGAUUCAAUUUCUUGCUU